UCUGAUUUCAUCAUGAAGGUCGCGGUACUUGGAUUUGUUUUAAUCGUUCUUGUUGUAAACUCUUUAAGUAGUCCAGUGGAAGAGGUGCAGGCUGAAGAACAUAGCCGAGUCAAAAGAUUCUCCUGUGACGUAUUGGGUUCUAUUCAAGCAGGACCUGUUAAAUUAAACGAUGCUGCAUGUGCCGCUCGUUGCCUUUUGCAGCGCCACAAGGGAGGAUAUUGUGACAACAAGAGACAAUGCCACUGCAGAUAAACCAAUCUAGACAUUAUUUGUUAUAUACAAUUUAUACACACUAUAAAUUUAAUAAAAUCUAAAAUGUCGC